CAGAUUGGGUUGGUUAUCAAGGAAGAAAGUGAAUGGUACCAUGGGAAAUCUGUGGCCACUUGAUUGUUCCUUUCUUUCUAAUUGGUAUAGAGCCAUAUAUUCAUUUGGAUUUAAGUGUAAGCUAUUAUAGGAUAGAAAUAUUCUACACCGAGGAGCUUGUAAUCCUGUCUUUUAUACCUACUCCCAUCACUGACUCAGAUUUAAGGCCUCCAUUCCUUUCCUUUCCAGAUGCUAGCAUGUAGAUAUCUUUUUUCCAAGGAUUCAGCUUCCAGAUCAGUUGAUGAAGCAUCUAUCUGGAGGAACUUUUGCCUGUCAAAGAGUAGCAAGUGAGGAGACACAGCAUGGGCGGCAAAGUGAUCUAGUCUCCAAGAGGACACCUCAUCCUCUUUACUGCUUCAGAUAAGCAGUUGGAAUGGGCCAUCAGGCCCACAAGGCUCCUAUGGCCACCUCUCAAGCCAGUGAGUCCUGUAAGAAUGUGCUAGAGCAGGUACUCCGAGUGCCCAAAGGGGCCCACCCUCUGGGAUCUGUGAGGCACAUGUUUUCUGUGGGGCACAGCACAGUGGUGCUGAUGUAAGUGCCCUUGUUCUGAAAUUGGAGCGCAGAGGGUCAAUAAUUUGUACAAGGUCAUGUGACAUCUAAAUGGCAGAUCUAGGACUUAAACACAGUUUAGGCUCAGGUUUGCCCCAGACUCAUGCUUUCUCCAACACCUUCUGCUCUUGGGUUUGCUGCUCCAGUAUCAAGCAGUUUUAGGCAAAAUCUCAAAUUCCUGAAAACUUAACCUCCAGACUCCAUAUUGGGCAAAGUUGCCAGACCUAUUAAUGAUUAUUCUGUCAGUCUAAUCAGAGAAAUACCUCUUAAUAAAUAUACAUUAAAACCAACAAACCCAGCUGCCUUUUUAUAGAAAUUGAUAAGCUGAUCCUAAAAUUUAUAUGGAAUCGCAAGGGACCCACACUAUCCAAAGUGAUCUUGAAAAAGAACAAAAUUGGAGAACUCACACUUUCUGAUUUUAAGACUUGCUACAAAGCUACAGGAAUAAAAAUUGUGGUACUGACAUAAGGAUAGACAAAUAGAUAUGGAAUAAGAGUCCAGAAGUAAACCUGCACAGGAGAUUUUCCUGGUUCUCCAGAUCCAAGUGUGAUUCUGAUGAGUCUCAGUGGUCCUUUGAGUCUUAAGGAAUUAUCCAGAUCCUUGAAUUUGUUUCUUCUCAAUACCCAGACAGAGCUGUUUAUAAACAGGAGCACUAGAAAGGAUGAUUACAAAAGACCAGGACAUCCACAAGGCAUCACAUCAAAGGUCAAUUACUAUGGUCAAUUGAUUUUUGACCCUGGUGCCAAAACUAUCCAAUGGGGAAAGAAUGGUUUUUUUCAACAGGUGAUUCUGGGACAACUAACUAUCCACAUGGAAAAUAAUGAAUUUGGACACGUACUUCAUGCUGUAUACAAGAUCAUCUAAAAGUGAAUCAAAGACCUGAAUGGGAGAGCUAAAACUACAAAACCAAUUGGAACAGCUUGUAGGACACAUGAAGAGGAGGCAACAAGAAAAAUUGGAAUAUAAAAAAAUAGAAUUAUUAACUCUCCUAGAAUCACACACACACACACACACACACACACACACACACACACACCCCCAAAGGGAAGAAAGAAAACAGUAGACAAAUAUGAGAAAGGUGAUGUAUUUAUAUAAGGUAGAGCAGAAGGACUCAAGGCAAAUUGUGAGGAAGGGAUGAGAAGACUAGUGAGGCAGCAAUAUGCCCACGAGUGUGGGUGCCAGUAGUCAUGGAAGAGGCCACCAAAUAACCUUUUGUUGCCCAGAGCAUCUUGGGUGGACAUAGCGAAGCAGUCUGCGUACUGGCUCAUAGUCACUGUCAACUAAUAACUAAGUGAGAUUUUCUCUAGGAUUUAAAAAACUGUUUUAACCUAUUUCCAGUUUCUUUUUUUUUAUUUCAGUUUUACUCUUUCAUCACCAUUUAUCCCCUCUGUGCCCACCUUAAGAGCAGAUCAUUUAGUGUUUUGUGUGAGCCCAGUUGUUACAUUGUCUUCCACUAGCUGACCCAGAGUUCUUCAAGUGUUAACAUAACUUGUUUUACCAUUUCUCACAGGCCUGUUUUAUAUGGGUGCGUCCAGCAGAUGGCAAUAGAAUUCUUAGACUUCAGAUCCACAUUUUGCCCAAUAGAAAUAUGUUUUUAUUACUAGACCACAAGCUGAUCUUCCACCCUCAAAUCUCGAACUAUAAAAGGGUGCUCUGACUCUUUACAGCUGAAGGUCCCUCUUGCCCAAGAUGAACAUUAUUACCUAACAGUAUGCAUGCUCUAGCAAUAUGAACAACAUCAAGAGUAAUCGAGAACUAUACCAGCAAUACACAGCCAUGGCCCCUAAGCUGCUGGCCCACAUCUCCAAAUUACUCAUCACGUGCCGGAACUCAGGCAUUGCUGUACCUAAGGGCAUCAGAAACAUCUUUGAGUUCACUUGGGAGGAGCUUAUCACUGACCCCAUGGUGCCUACCCCAUCUGACAUCCUGGGCCUGGAAAUCAGCCUUGGGACCCCGCCUGUGGUGCCUGUGGAAUCAACCCCUGUGCAGGUCCCCAUCCAGAAGAAGCCGCUGCCGCCACCAACAGUACAAUCGCCACCAGUGCUACCCACAUCCACUGCACCAGCCAGGUUCACCAACCAGCGUCCCAACCGUGGUCAUCGGGAGACCCUGCACAAGUUCCAUCGGCAGUCCAUCCAUCUGCUGACAGAGCUGCUCACCCUGAAGAUGAAGGCCAUGGUGGAGUCUGUGUCUGGUGCCAACCCCCUGGACAUCACAAGGCGCUUUGUGGAGGCCAGCCAGCUCCUCCACCUCAAUGCCAAAGAGAUGGCUUUCGACUCCCUGAUUGGCACAGUUGGGAGGAGUGACUUUGGUGUUGGACAGAUGGGGAAAGAGUCCUUCAUGAGCAUCUCAGCCAUGGGAGUGAACUCACCUUAUCAGCUUAUCUAUGAGGCCUCUACUGGCUGUCUGAGCUUUUCCCUCUCAACUGGAAGGGACGCCAAGAGGAAAGCAGGUAAUAGUGGCAAAUCAAAAUAUUUAGAAGAGCUAAGCACGUCAUCCCCUCAACGAGGAAUCGGAACUUCUGGCUCUGACAAUUUGGAAUUCAGUGACCCCUGCCCUGAGGCUCGGGAGAAGCUGCAGGAGAUGUGUCGUCAUAUAGAAGCCGAAAGGACAAUGUGGAAAGGGAGGAAUAUCUUCUACCCCAUGAUCUUACGCAACUACAGGGCAAAGAUGCCGUCUCACUCAAUGUCGAUCUCAAAAGGGGACAGUCAGACCCUGCACUCUCACCCUCCUGGUGCUCAUACUUCCAUUCCCAACCCUCACCAGCCUUCCAUCUUCCAUGCUCACUUCAGUCAGCACUCUCAGGAGUGGAAGGGAGGCAAGAAGACCAAGUUGCAUUAUACCUUCUAUGAUGGGUCUUCCUUCGUUUACUAUCCCUCCGGAAACAUUGCCAUUUGUCAGAUCCCCACGUGCUGCAGAGGGAGAACCAUCACCUGCCUCUUUAAUGACACACCCAACUUCUCCUUCCUGGCCCUGUUCACUGCUGAAGGCCAGGGCUGCGUUCACUACAACCUAAAGGCCCGCUGCCCAUAUGUCUUGAUCUUGGAUGAGGAAGGCGGGACCACCAACGACUACAAGGGCUAUACAGUCCACAAGUGGAGCUGGGCUUCUAAGACAGAGACUUUGCUCUCCCUGGAAUAUAAGGUGAAUGAGCAAAUGAAGCUGAUGGUGCUGGGGCAGGACUCCAUCGUGGUCACCUUCACCUCCUUGAAUGAGACAGUCACACUCACUAUAUCAGCCAACAACUGUCCCCAUGGGGUAGGGCAUGAUAAAAGGGUGACCCACAAGAUCGGCAGCAUGGAUGACAAGAUGUCUAAGAUGAACCGAGCUCUGGCAGAGAUCAAGAAGCGGUUUCAGAAGACAGUGUCUCAGUUCAUGAAUUGUGUCUUACUGGCAGCAGGCCUGCUCACCAUAGAAUACCCAGUAAGGGAAGCAGCAGAAAUAACUCAAACCAGAGUAAGAUCCUGGUCUGUCCUCGAGCGGGGCACCAAGAUAAGCCUAUACGCAGGAGAAGGCCUUACAUCACGGUAUCAGUCAGCCAUACCCGAAGCCUCAGCUGGAGAGUCUUUGAAGGAAGAGCUUGGGUCUGCUCCUGUGAGUCCCACUCAGAAGAAGACCAUCAAGGUCCAAGCCAAAGCCCCAGUCACACCCAGAGGGAAGGCCCGGGAGGUGCGCAGCCCCACCAGGUGGGCAGCCUCACCCUCUGACUGCCCACUGGUGCUGCGGAAGCUCAUCUGUAAGGAAGACAUCCGCUCUGGCUGCAAGUGCAUAGUAAAGGCACCCCUGGUAUCUGACGUGGAGCUGGAGCGCUUCCUGGCGGCGCCCCGCGACCCCAGCCAGGUGCUGGUGUUCGGGAUAGUGUCGGGCCAGAGCCCCACCAGCACAGGACAGCUCCAGUGGCUGCUCAACACACUCCACAGUCACCGGCAGCAGGGCCGUGCCUCACCCUGUGUCCAGUGUCGGCAUGACCCCUACCGCCUCCUGCGGUAUGACCUGGACAGCUCCCUGCAGAAGGACCCACCCCUGCUGGUGAAGAAGUAUGCCGUGGUGGCGGGCAUGGUUCUGCAGAUGUUCGCGGGGGGCAAGCUCCUUUUUGGGGGCUGCAUUUUGAAUGGAUAUGGCUUCAGCAAGCAGAAUCUGCUGAAACAGAUCUUCCAGGCUCGACAGGACUGUAAGAUGGGCUACUUCCUGCCAGAGAACUACAAAUUCAGCACUUCAGCCUCCAUCCUGGAUGACGCUGACUCAGACAGAAGAGCAUUGUUGGAAGAUGUCCAAGGAAGUGUCUCCUCGUUGACCCUAGGGGACAAGAUGGAGGAGUCUUUCCCUGAAGUCGAGAAGAAGAUGAAACAUCCCGACGUGAAUCUGCACCCUCACAGCAAAGGCAGGAGGGGCAGUAAGAAGAUAAACGCCUGGAAGAAGCCGUCCUCCAAGAAGUGA